AUGGCUGUGAUGGAGGGACAGCGAAUGUGGGUGUUUGGUGGCGUGGUUCAAGGUGGAUUAAGCAAAGAACUCUGGAAUUACGAUGUGGAUCUGGGCACUUGGACCCUUUGGAAAGCAGAUUCCAUCUCUCCCACUGCUCGUGAAAGCAUGACCAUGAUCAGUGAGGCCAAAAGUGGACGUCUGUGGAUGUUUGGAGGCUAUGACGGCAGUCCAAGGAAUGAUCUUUGGUUCUUCGGUACCCAUGAUCCGACGCCCGCUUGGACCUUGGUCUCGCCUGGACCUGGGUCGCUUCCUUCGGCUCGUUUCAGUCAAGUGGCUGUGGCCGAAUUCGGACGAAUGUGGAUCUUCGGAGGCCUAGGCUUAGAAGGCCUGCUGAAGGAUGUGUGGUAUGUGGACAUCGGUGACUAUAUCAACAGUUCUUCUGGGUCUGCCACUUGGACUUCGGUCACCUCCCGAUUGGAAGGCCCCACUGCUCGAGAAAGUGCUACGGCUGUGACCAGUUCUGGGGAGAUGUGGCUCUUCGGAGGGAUCGGCGAAGACACUGAGACGACUGAUACAGAUAGCGGUGAGCUUUGGGUGUUAAACCUGGGUGAAGCAGAAGAACGCACUGAAGGAGAGGAAGGAGAGGACAGGCCUAGUUGGCGUGAAGUGGACUCCGUUGGUCCCAAUGGUCAUCAAUAUCAUGUCGCGGUGUUGGACACCAUGGGUCGAAUGUGGUGUCACAAUGGUGAGCUCUGGUAUUUCGACACCAACCCACUAACAUCAACGAGUCAAAGCAGUUCGUCCACGAAGACAAGUGUGACCAGCACGGUUUCAACCUCCACUUGGACCUCGACUUCCACCUCAACUGGGACAUCUUCGACCUCCUUGACCAGCUCGUCUUCCAGUUCCACUUCCAGCAGUUCCACUUCCAGCAGUUCCACUUCCAGCAGUUCCACUUCCAGUGCCUCUUCCAGUUCCACCAGCUCUUUCACUUCCACCAGUUCCUCAUCCUCUUCUUCUCGAACUCAGACCACUUCUAGCAGCUCUUCAACGACCACUUCCUCAAGCAACAGCAGCACCACCUCCUCAAGCUCUUCAACUUCAAGCAUGACGACCUCCAGCACCAGGACUUCAACACAUUCAUCUACAAGCUCUACCUCUUCUACCUCUCAAACAAGCACCUCAACACUUUCUAGCACAACAAAGACUAGCUCUUCAACUCUCUCAAGCACGUUCACCUCCACGGCUAGCAGCAGCAGCAGCAGCUCAAGUGUCAGUGUCACUUCAACAAGCAAGACCAUGACAUCGACUUCGAGCACAACCCUAGUGAAAGAUCUUGCAACGGCACUUCAUGAUUUUCUUCUUUCCCAGGUGGAAGAGACCUUGGACAAUUUGACGACAAAUCAGAGUUUGAUUGAAGUUUCGCCUCACAGAUCUAUGGCGCUGGUGACUUUUGGAAAGAGAAAACCAGAGAACGAGAAGACGGAACUGGAACCAGUGGCGGGUGUUGUGAUCAAGGACUCUUCGAUGCCGCUGUCAGUGCCCCGCUUUUCGUCACUGGCCGACCUGCCUGUGUUGGUUUCGAUGUCGAUCAGCGAAGGGUCGGUGCCAGGUGUCGAUCUGCCAAAGGUCGGGUCGGCCGUGAGCACUGCGGAUGGGGAAGUUCAAGUUCUUGCCGGACCAUUGGUGCAAAUCUCUUUGGUGGAUGCAGCUGAUGUGACAUCUUUGGAUGUGGUGAAGAUGAAUUUGUCAGCGCCACUCAUGUUUCGAGCAUCUGAAGAGCCAGUGGAAGGUGUGACAUGCCGCUUUUGGACGAAGUCCGGAUGGUCUGUGGAAGGAAUGGGAAGCCCAUCACCAGAAGAAGUGCAGGAGAUAUUUGCCGGUAUGGAUGUGACUGGCAGUUGGUGUACCACAAAUCACCUUUCAGUGUUUGCCAUUGUGCGACCAUGUACUUUUUUGGAGUCUUUGCAAGCUGGUGAGAAGUGUUUUAACAUUCCAACUUUUGUGGCCUUGCUGGGUGGCAGCGUGCUUUGCUUGUGCUGCAGCUUCUGCGGUUUCUAUGCCACCAUGAAAUCACGGCAUGUGGUUGGUGGAAAGAUGGAGCUAGCAGACCUUCAAGGCUCUUCACACAAAGUGCCUUUUCACGUGAGGCGGCCAAGUAAAGAGAUGAAAGAACAGCAGGAUAUCUCCCAACCAAAGACCUUGGUUACUUGGGAGGUGCAACCAGAAGCCUUACAGGCGACGGGCUUUUCAAAAAAGCAUCGAUUCCUGCAGCUCAGGACGAAGUUCUUCAGCGAGCGGAAUGAUGAUGCGAGCUUUUUUCAGAUUGUCCCGAGAAGAAGUGAUUCCAUUUUGACCUUCCCUGAAACGCCUGAAGUUGAAGCACCUCUUGACCACAAGCAAGGCGAACUGGGAGACCAAGGCGAGUGUCCGCCAGCUCUCAGUCCGUCAGGCCUUCAGCUCCACGAGGUUUUUACACCUGGGACCCAGGUGGAGUUCUUUUCUGAGACGCACCAGAGAUGGGCACACGCUUCAAUCGAAGGUCCUGGCUUCUUCACGACGUCCUCGUCGGACUCCGAACCAUUGCCCAUGUACAACGUUCGCCUUGGCCGCCAGAUUCGCAACUGCAUUGCUGUAGAGCGAUUGCGCCUUCCAUUCCAAAGAGGGGAUCAUGUUUCGGUGGAAGUGGAUCAGCAUUGGCAAGCUGCCAUGGUCUUGGGAAAGCGGAGUUGGGCCAGUUGGCCCUUGGCGUAUGAGAUUCAACUGAUGUCCUCUUCAUCGACCUCUUCAUCGACCCUUGCCUCCAAGCACAUCCCCGAAGGGAAUCGAUCAUUGGCGCAGGGGUUCUGUGGUACCAGUACAAUUUGA